GUCAAAGGUAAUUGUGUCAUUGGCAACGUUCUUUCACUUUUAGUUUCAAUACACCAUACAAAAAUGCGUUAAUUUAUAAUGUCAUUCAGUAAAGAUCAUUUUGAGAAAGCAAAGAAAAGAAGAGACGAUCGUCUAACUGGCUGGAUAAAUUCUGUACGAAAAGAGCAAGACUUUGGAAUACCGCGGCUUCGAAGAAAGUUUAAACAUGUGUUCAAGAAAAUCGAAUGGAUUCCAUCGGAUGCAUUAUUGAAAGAGUUUGAUGCUGACGAACAAAGCGACACUAAAAGUGUUAUAUUGGAUAUAAAGCUGCUUGGUCAAGAUGAGCCGGAAGUACCUCCUCAGACGCGCGCCUCGUUGUUCACCUCGUUACCGAUGGAGGAUCAGACGAUCCACGAUAGCAACAGCAGCAACUCCAGGCUUGCAUACAGCCGUGAUGAUGUCAAAGAAUCUGAUGUCAAAACACCAUACAGCAAAGCAGUACUGUAUAUUGACGACGAAAACGACGAAUCGCUUGACACAUUUGGGCUGGAAACACUUCCUCUUACGACUCCGAUCGUUAACAAUCGGAAGAAAAUUCAUCGGCCAUCGAUUCUGCAGGACAUGUUGUGCUUCCAACAACGGCGGAAGGCAUCUCGACGUGGAUCGAGUGUGAACGGCAUCGUCACCUCACGUCUACGGAGGCCGAUCCAGCCGAAAGUUAAACAGAAAACAGAAACGGCAGAUCCCGUUUCCUUGCCAAAAAUAGAUGUGGAAACCGCUCAAGAGAAUGUCCCUCAGCCGCCAGAAGAAGUGCCGGCACCGACGAUAGUUCGCGAGGCCUGCACUAACGUCACUACCAAAAACUUAAAUGAACUCUCUAUCAAGACUUCUCCGUCGGAAACUGGCGGCAGCAAGCAUAAAUUGAAGAACAUUGUCGCCAUUAAAGCUCCCAAAAUGCAAGGAUUCACUUUCUCCAGAGCCCGUAUUAAAAGACCAACGAAACUGUCGAAGAUGUUAUCUAAAGAAGAAUUACAGGCCGUCAGCAAAAUAGCCCUACAGACGACAGAGGAGCGGCGCGCAGAAGUGUUAGCCAACUUUCGGCGCAUUGUUACUCUGCUGAUUCACGUGCGCGUUCUUCUGAACGUGUCCAGGCUGCGCAUUGAGGAGAGUGAGAAGCUGAAGCCGUUCAAGCGUUACGACCGAGGCUUUGAAAUCUCCUUCGAUUUGAGCGAGUUCAAUACAAAGAGCAGCUACGGGGCGUUGUCACUGAGGGCACGCAAUGCGCUGAAGAAGCGGGCAUGUGAUCGAACACAGGAGGACGUAAGGAUUCUGACGGAUCUCUUGUCGCGACUUCCGGUUUUUAUGAAGUACCCGGCGUCUGUCCGACAGGAUCUGUCACGGUCCAUGUGGUACGACGAGUUCUCAAACGGGCGCGUCAUUGUGAAACAGGGCGACCCGGGUUCCCGGAUGUACUUCGUCAUUUCCGGUGAGGUGGACCUCAAGCGGACGGAUGUCACCGAUAUAGGAGAAGAAGUGUGCUACCAUAUUCAGACGCUCAAAGCCGGCUCCACGUUCGGUGAACUUGCGAUGGUACGAAACAUGCGGAGGGAAUUCACCGCAGUUUGCAAAGGUACCUCGGAGGUCAUCAGCCUGGGCAAGGACGAGUUCAACCAAGUCCUGCGGACCCGCUGGGAGCGCGACUACACCAUACGCUAUAACUUCAUGCGCGCCUGCGAGCACUUCCGGUCGUGGACGGACCACCAGCUACAGAUAUGCGCCGACUCCUCCGAUCUCAGGGAGUACCAGGAUAACACUGUGAUUUACCAAGAAACCGCGGAAGAGGAGGACGACAGCGUCUUUUUCAUUCGAAAAGGCCAGUGUCAGAUAGUUCGAAGGAUCCUUCUCGUGCGCCACCAGUCGCCGUAUCUGCGGCCCAACAUUCUACUUCCGGACGCGGCCAACAAGAGAAAGGACUUCCUGUUGAAAUCGUACGCUAAAAGUCGACGCCAGCAGCGAGACGAGGUCCGCUAUCUCACCGUGACCACGCUGUUGCCAGGCAACUAUUUUGGAACAGGCGAAUCUAUGCGCGACACUUUCAUUAUUUCGAGGGGCAAGACCGAAUGCGUUGUCAUAAAAUCCGCCCAGUUCAGCAUCAUGGGGAAAUCAGAGCAGCUCAGACACAUGAAAAGCGAGCGCGAGAACUGUAUUCCGAGUAACAAGACGCUCUAUGAAGAGUUUCAACGAAACCGGAAGUGGUACGAAUACCGGAACAAGGUUCUGCAGGAAAUACUUAGGCGGAAAACUAAGGUUCAUUCUGAAUCCUUCGCGAAUGUUCCUAUGAGUAUCCGAACCAAGCCGACAAUUGAUCGAGAUCUUUUGUAUUACAAAAAAAUUGUGUAGUCAUAGAAGAGAAUAGUAUGUUUUGAACAAAUAUUAUUUGCCUUUGUUUU